AUGCCUCCUGCUAAAGUUGACAAGAAAGCUAAGAAGGACGCUUUCAUCAGAAGAUUCUACGAAUUACUUUCCAAGUACGACUCCAUCGCUCUCUGUACCUUGGAAAACGUUGGUUCUUUACAACUCCAAUAAAUCAGAAGAUCUCUCGGUAGCAACAACAUCAUGGUUAUCGGAAAGAAUACCGUCGUUAGAAAGGCUGUCUAACUUAAGUCUGCUGAUUUACCCACUGACUCCAAGUACGACUGGUACAGACAAUUCGGUGCUCCCAAGCCCUAACUUGCUUCCUUGAUUCCUCACUUAAAGAACAAGAUUGCUUACGUUUUCCACAACGACCCCAUCUUCGCCUUAAAGCCCAAGAUUGAAUCCUUCGUUGUUCCCGCUCCUGCUAGAGUUGGUACUGUUGCCCAAAAGGACGUCAUGAUUCCUCCUGGCCCCACUGGUAUGGAUCCCUCAUAAAUUAACUUCUUCCACGCCUUGUCUAUCUCCACCAAGAUUCAAAAGGGUCAAAUUGAAAUUACCAAGGAAGUCUAGGUCUGUACUAAGGGUAAGAAGAUCGGUAACUCCGAAGUUUCUCUCUUGGAAAAGAUGAACAUCCAACCCUUCUCUUAUGGUAUGAAGUGUUUCUCUGACUACGACAACGGUGAAAUCUUAACUGAAGAAGUCUUGUCUAUCAGUCCCAGCGUUAUUUUGGAUGCUUUCGCCCAAAACACCUUAAGAAUCGCUGCCGUCUCCCUCGCCACCGGAUACGUCACUGCUCCCUCCGUUCCUCACUUCAUCCAAAAUGCUUUCAAGGAUCUUGCUGCCAUCGGUAUGGAAACUGGUUACAAGUUCAAGGAAAUUGAAAAUGCUGGUCAAGCUGUUGCUGUCUCUGCUCCCGCUGCUAAGACUGAAACCAAGGCUGCCGCUAAGCCCGUCGUUGAAGAAAAGCCUGCUGAACCCGAAGAAGAUUUGGACAUGGGUGAUCUUUUCGGUUGA